AUGAAGCUCGCAAUCCUCGCAGCCCUAUCUACUCUCGCUUGCGCAGCUUCCCAAAGCUAUUUCGUUGGCUAUGACUCCUUGAGCCCCGGCCCCGUUGACCCCAACCCCUUCAAGGGCCUCUCAUACGGCGAUCAGUUCACAGUCGCCCGUCGCGCCAAAGUAGCCCCAACCCUCUACAGACCCAAGAAGAACCCCAACGUUCUGGCCCUCGCUCCACAGCCGCCUGGGAAAUUCCUCGGCUCCGUCCGCAAAGCGCCCACGGCGGAUACCUUCGCGGCCAAGAAGAUCUCCUUUGCCUGCGUGACGGACCAGAAAGGCAAGACGGUGCCUGUUGACUGUACUGUCUUGUUCGAGGGCAUGCAGAACAACGAUCUGGGCAUUCCGAAGGUCCAGACGGCGAAAUACGCUAGCACGCCCCGGUUGCAGAGGGUGGAUUUUGAGGGGUUCACGGACUUAAGGACGUUGGACUUUACUGUCUCCAAGGCUGGGGAGGAUGACAAGUUGAGUCAGGAUGUUACGUUGAUUUUGGAUAAUUUUGCGUAUGUUGUCAACUCGAAGUAG